AUGCCUCCCGCCAUGACGGACCUGGUGGACAUCUGGGCCUCGCACUCGCCGCUGUCUGGUCAUGCUCCGGCUCAGAUCUCCGUGGACUUCCUCCUGCCCACCGGCAUCUACAUCCAAAUGGAAGUGCCGCGAGAGGCCACCAUUCAGCACAUCAAGCUGCUGUUGUGGAAGCAGGCGCAGUCCUUCCCUCUGUUCCCGGCCCUGGGGGAGAUGGAGAGCCACAUGUUUGAGUGUGUGAACCAGGCCGCGGUGCACGAGGAGCUGGAGGACGAGACCCGCCGACUCUGUGACGUCCGACCCUUUUUACCGGUCCUUAAACUCAUCACACGCAACUGUGGCCGAGCCGAGAGGCUGCUGGACUCCAAGAUCGGGGUCCUCAUCGGGAAAGGUCUCCACGAGCUGGACGCCAUCAACGACCAGGAGGUGAAGGACUUUCGCAGUAAGAUGUUCCGUCUGAGUGAGGAGCGGAUGCAGAAGGUCCAGAUGAUGAGCUGCACCGAGUGGCUGGAGGCCUCCUUCUCCCAGCAGCCCGAGACCGGACCGGGGCCAGGACUUGGACCCGGACCGGAACUGGUCAACGGAGUCCAGGACAGAACCGGGGACCUCAAAGUCACCAUCCACUUCGCCCAGUCCCAGGUGGGUCUGCUGAACGCAACGGAGAUGUAA